AUGCAGGAACUCAUCGCCUGUGUGGAUCAUAUCCGCUUCGACCUGGAGCUGGCUGUGGAGCAACAACUGGGGGCCCAGCCGCUCCCCUUCCCCGGCAUGGACAAAUCCGGGGCUGCUGUUUUGUGA